UCUUAGCGGCUCGGUUCCCCAAACAAUUAUCCAGAAGAAAGGAAUGAAAUUAAAUGUUGAAGGAAACCCACUUCUCAUUAGGGAAACCGGACCAUGCGUGAACAUAGAAGACAAGGGUAAAGAUCACUUAAAAGAUAUCGUAGUACCAGUCUCUAUAGCAGUGGUGGUUACUUCCCUUGCCAUUAUUGUAUCAGCACUGGUUGUUCUCUACUUCCUCUGCCGACAGAAAAGGUCACCAAGUGUCCAAGUCUCAGGGCCACCAUCAAAUGUGCAAGAAUCGGAUGGUCUACCCACUGGAUCAUCUGAACUGACUGUAACGACCAGAAUUGCGAGGUUUACGUACUCACAAGUCACAACCAUGACUAAUAACUUCCAAACAGUCAUCGGGGAAGGAGGGUUUGGAAGCGUUUAUCUUGGAUUUGUCAACGGUGCAGAACAAGUAGCUGUUAAGGUCCUCUCUCAAUCAUCAUCACAAGGAGAUAGUCAGUUCAGAGCCGAGGUACAGCUACUGCUCAAGGUUCAUCACAAGAACUUGGUUGGAUUUGUUGGGUGUUGCCAUGAGGGAGAGAAUAUAUGAUCAGACUCGGUGAUG